UGCGACUUAAGAGCCUCACACUUGUUUCUCUCAGUCUGGUCUGCCUUUUUAAUUCUUUCUUGCCCCUUUCUCAAAUUGAGAUUUGAUUUAAUUGGUCUCUCAGUACAGCUUUCCUUGUUGUCAUCUUACAAAAAAGGAUCAAAAUCAAAAUGGAGACUCCAUUAUCAUCAAGAAGAGUCACUGGAUCUCAGGCUAUCUUUCCUACCAACAACUCUGAUUCGUUGAGAAGAACAGAGGACUCAAGCUUCUCUCAAAGGAAGAACAUCAACGCACAAGAAGACAGAUCGGCACUCAUGGACAUAACCAACGACUCACCGAUCGUGGGUCUAGCGAUGCAGACUCCUCCUUCAGGGUUCGUGUGUAAGAGACAGAACAGCAGAAUCAUCAAGAGCACGCCUGGUUCUGGUGAAGCUCUUCUGAGAGGACAAGUCAAAACCCUUUUGGAAAAGGUCGAAGAAGGAACAGAGCUCACACAUUCAAUAAAGCCUCUCCCUUUCAUCCAUCUCGUCACUUCCCCGAUGAGACUUCUCGCCCCAACUCCAGCAAACACUCCCCUGUUUCCAAACUUUUCAGAUGAUAAAGUGCAGAUUAAGAUCGCAUCUCCCGUUGUCGCCGGACACUUGAGAACAUCUCAAGUAAGCUAUGUUAAUCGGACUUUGAAGAAAAGUGAGAUAUUUGAAGAGAAGGAAGAAAUGAGUAUGAGCAUAAGUCGUUCUUUGCUUUUUGAUUUCACGGAUAAGCCAGCACUAUGGGAUGAAGAAGAAGAGGUGGAGAUGACUCGAGCUGAAUUUGCAGGGAAACAUAGUAGAUUUGUGUACAACAGUGAAGAUGAUGAGAUUGUAGAGGCCAAAAAAGUUUGCUACUGAAGAAGAAGAGUCCCCUAAUCAAUCAAUAAUUUCCCCAAUAUUGUAUUGGGCUGCCUUUGUAUUUUUGGUCAUGAAAGAGUGAUCUAAACACAGUUGAGACGAACAAGAGAAAGUUCGUUGUCACAAUAACAGAAGCACGUUCCAACGAACCUCUCUAGUCUCUACUCUCUCUGCGUAUCUCUUAUCUCCGCAAAGUUACUUUUUGUGUGUAGUAAAAGCCGCCCAACACAUACAUGUUUAAACCUGUAUUCUCUUUUUCUAAUCGAGUAAAAUAAAAAAAUGCACAAUGAAAAAGUUUCUUUUUCUUU